CCUGGUAUUUUUACUCAUGGGUUAUGUUUAUUGUGGGCCGUAGUCUCAUCGGGCCUCUAAGCCACUUAGAGGCCAUCAAAGGUCCGAGCGCCCUCUAUGUGGUUUAGAGGCCGAAAUAUGUCGCAUCUUUUGACUCCGCUGGCGGCUGAUUCGGCCUGUAAGUGUAGAGACGGCCGCUGGCGCCUGUAACUCGCGAAGGGCUCGUUAAACAUGGCCGCCGUGUUGUUUAUGCUGUAUGAUGCCGACCGAAAUCUUCGCAGAGAAAGGAUAUUUCGGGAUCGAAGUAAUCCCAUCGAUUCAUGGAAUGACAUAACCAUAUACGAACGUUUAAGAUUUCGUAGAGUUGACAUCCUGGAGAUCGUCGACGAGAUUCAGGAGGCUUUAACAUUUGCGAAUCGAGGGCACAAUGUCACACCGACAUUGCAAGUAUGUCUUGCCCUUCGGUUCUAUGCGACAGGUACAUUUCAAAAUGUGUGUGCUGACCUAGCCGGCGUCUCACAAUCAAUGGCUGGCCGCAUUAUUGACAGGGUUACCAGAGCCCUGUUAGAUCGGGCACACAGAUGGAUAACAUUUCCAAAUCAACAAGAAGCCGAUAGACAAAAGGCGAAAUUUUUUAACCUCGGAGGAUUUCCCGACGUUGUGGGAUGUAUUGAUGGUACGCACGUACGGAUUCAAGCACCUUGGAGAAACGAACAUGAAUACGUGUGUAGGAAAAACUACCAUUCCAUCAAUGUUCAGGUCAUCUGCAAUGCUGACUUACUAUUCAUUGACGUUGUGGCAAAAUGGCCGGGAAGUGUUCACGAUGCACGGAUUCUUAGACAAUCAAGUAUUUUUGCUGCUUUUGAGGGACAUCCAAAACCAGUGGAUGGCGUCAUGCUUGCUGACAGUGGUUACAUGAGCAGAGAGUGGCUUAUGACACCCUUUCUGAAUCCCACCACUAGGCAUGAGAGGCGGUAUAAUGCAGCUCAUGCUUCUACAAGGUGCACAGUAGAAAGAGCCAUUGGUGUUGCCAAAAGAAGAUGGCACUGCCUGCGAGGUCUCCGGCUUGAACCUACAAAGGCAUGCCAUGUUAUAAUAGUAUGUCUCAUGUUAAGCAACAAAGCAAGAAUGCUCAAGCUGGAAGAUCCAGAGGAUCAAUAUGACAAUGACGAGGAUGAUGACUAUAUGUAUGACAUGCUCCAGGAUAAUAUACUUGUGCACAAUCUUCCAACAGAAAGGAUGCGAGUUGCUGCAGGUCAAGCUGCAAGGCACAGAUUUGUUGAUCGGUUCUUCUGAGGUAGUCGUCCACAAGAGGACCUCCAAAUGCAGCUUUCCUGAGAAGCUUCCUUUUACCUGUUUAAAAAACAACACAUAUAGUAAAAGCAGUUGGUUCACUACAGCAAUGCAUAACUUUGAUGGCUUUUUUUUCUU